AUGAAUAUGUGCGUAGCAGAGGUCGCGAACACUAAAUUGCUUCAGCCGCCCUUUCGUGCACACUCAGCUAAAGUAGUCCUCCAAUUUGUGCUCAGGAUGACCUCGUACACCAUCCUAGAGGUCCUCAAGGCCGCCUUGAGUCCCAAUGCAGUCGUCUACAUCGUCGGUCUCUAUCUCUUUUAUCAUGUCGCCAUAGCCGUGUACAAUAUCUCGCCUUUCCACCCGCUGGCGCGUUUUCCUGGUCCCAAAAUCGCAGCUGCGUCUUAUCUAUACGAAGCGUACUUUGACUGGUGGCUACUUGGAAGAUACGGCAAGGUCAUUGCACAGAUGCACGAGCAUUAUGGGCCCAUUGUUAGAAUCAACCCGGACGAGCUUCAUGUUUCUGAUCCUUACUUCACCGAUGAGAUCUAUGCCGGUCCGGGUCGUAUCCGCGACAAGUGGCAACAUCAGCUGAACACCGGCGGUGCAGGCCCUGUCUCAGUUACCGGCUUCUCCACCGUCAAUCAUGAAGUCCAUCGUAUGCGCAAAGGCGCUUUGUCAAAGUUCUUUUCACGCCAGCAAAUGCUCAAGCUUGAGGGUGAGGUGCAAGAGUUUGCCCAGCUCACAGCUGACAAGAUGCUCCGCUCAGCGGGCAAGGAGCCUUUCGACGUAAAAGAAGCCUUCAACUGCUUCACUGCAGAUAUUAUCUCCCAAUAUGCCUUUGGAGAACCCAUGGGUUUCAUUGCGCAGGAAGGAUGGGAGCCCAACUUUGCUACCUGGGUCAAGUCGUUCUUCAAGAGUGCUUACAUGAUGAGGCACAACGCUCUUGGUCGCAAGAUGGCUCAAGUAAUGCCCAUGAUGGCGGAUUACUUGGGUGAAGAUAUCAAGUCGGUCAUGAGACAGAUGAACGUGGUUAUUCCUGGGUAUAUCAAGGCGGCUUUGAACAAUCCUGAGAACGGAAGAGUCUUUGCCGAUCUCAUGGAAUCCAAGACACUUCCUGAAGAAGAGAAAUCCAUGUACCGACUUUCUGGCGAGGGCUUCAACUUCUUAUUGGCCGGGACCGAGACCACUGCUGCUACUCUGACGGUCGUAACGUACUACCUGCUCGCCCAACCCCAGACCUAUGCUCGUCUGAUGGAGCAGUUACAGGGUCUCAACCCAUCAAACCUCAGGUGGACAGAGCUCGAACAGAAGCCUUACCUGUGGGCAGUCAUUCACGAGUCUCUUCGCAUGAUGCCUGGAGUCUCUCACAGAUCUGCAAGGAUUGCCCGCGAUGAGGAUCUGGUCUACAAGACUCGUGACGGUAAAAUGGAAUAUGUCAUCCCCAGAGGUACCCCUGUUGGCAUGACAUCAAUGAUCAACCACUGGAACGAAGAGCUCUUCCCCAACCCCGACGCGUUUGUUCCUGAGCGCUGGUUGAUUGAUGGCCAGCCGAACUACAAGCUCCAGAAGUUUCUUCUUGCGUUCGGGAAAGGCAGUCGGUCGUGUGUCGGCGAAAACUUGGCAUUCUGUGAAGUCUAUCACAUGGUAGCUAUGAUGGCCCUUCGCGUCAUCCCGAGGUCUCGUCUAUUCGAAACCACCGUCGAAGAUAUCUCUUACGACCAUGACCUUAUCGUAGUCCAAACUAAGAAGGGUUCAAUUUCUGUGAAGAUUCAAAUUUCCUGA